AUUAAAAUAGGAAAUUAAUUAAAAAAAAAAAGAAAGAAAAGAAAAAGAAAAAAAAUGUUUAAAUUAGUUAAUAACACUUUUAAAGGUGUUGUAAAAGCUAAUAAUAUAAAUUUAUUAAGUCAACAAUUUAAUAAAAUUUCAAUCAACAACAACUGUACAUAUAAAAAUAAUGAUAAAAGAUUUUAUUCAGCACAAAACCCAAAUGAAGACUCAAAGAUUGGAUAUUUAACAAGUGAAAGUAAUUUAAAAAAGGUUCUCGAUGAAGGAUAUCACCAAAAUUUAAAGACAAAAGAAGAUUAUGUUAAAUUGAUUGAACAAGAAACCAUCGCUAAAAAACCAGACACCCAAUAUGAUUAUACAGUAAGAACAGCAAUUCCAAGACCAGAAGCUGAUGAAAUGUAUUCACACCCAUUCACUAAAUAUGACAUUGGUGACAAUCUUAUAAAAUCACAAUUACCAAAGAGUGACUACAUUGAUAACUCAUUACUUGCCGACACAAUGGUAUUUAAGCCAUUCAACCCAAAAAGACCAUUUUUAGAAGAACCUUUAGUUAUUGAUGGUGUUUCAAGCGGUUAUUCAAAGAGAAAGAGAAGUCGUGCCGUUGCUAAAAUUAAAUUAGGUAGUGGUAAAUUAACAAUCAAUGGUCGUACUUUAGCAGAUUAUUUCCCACCCAUCUCUUUCAGAGAUGCCGUACUCCAACCAUUAGUUAUCACCGAAACCAUCGUUAAAUGGGAUGUCGAUAUUCACGUUUUUGGUGGUGGUCUUAAAGGUCAAGCCGAAGCUGCCCGUCGUGCUCUUGGUUUAGCUCUCGUAGCUUUUGAUCUCGGUUAUAGACCAGCUCUUAAAGCUUCUGGUGUUCUCAAAGCUGAUGCUCGUAAAGUCGAAAGAAAGAAACCAGGUCAACUCAAAGCCAGAAAGAAGUUCCCAUUGGUCAAACGUUAAAAAUAUAUUAUAUAUACAUCAUCAAAUUUAUUUUAUAUACAAAUUAUUUUUUUUCUUCAACCACCACCACCACCACAAUCACCAAUCUUUUUUCAAAAAUUUUUCGCUAUCAUUUUAAAACAAUAAAUAAUUAAUAAUAAUAACAGCAAUAAUGAUAAUUAGUAAUAACAAUUAUAUUAUAUAAAAAAGAAAAAUCAGUAUAUAAUAUAUUUAAUAAAUUUAAUAAUAAUAAAAAGCAAAUAAAAAAAAUAAAAAAUAAAAAAAAAAUAAAAUAAAAUAAAAAAUUUUU